UAACCACAACCGUGGAGCUUUUUGUUUACGCUGUCGACGUUGGAUGACAGCGACUGCUGAGUUUCAGAGAAUACGCCGCCGUCCUCUUUAUACAUCCAUGGUGGGAGAACAUAGGCUGCGUUUGUGAUACUGUGUAGCUAACUAUGUAGUUAGUUAAUGUUUCGCACUAUUUAUUAUUAAAGUCUUUAAUCUUUGAGUAGAGGUACCGGAAAAGUUUCCUAGAUAGCUGUUCAUAGUAGUCGCAAUCCGUUAGCUAAAGCUAAACCGGAGACGGGAUCUUAAUUAAUCCAGACGGGACCAGCCCCAGGAGCCGGGGAGCAGCAGUCAGUCACACCCUUGUCUGGGGUUCGUGAAGGAACCCCGUCUGCGCAGCAAGUUACGAUGUUUUAUACACAUACAUGUUAGCCUCAGACUUCUGAAUCGGAGCGUCAGAACAAUAUUGUGAGUUAAGUAGGAAGUGUGGACUGGAUAUGACUGACUCAUCAUCAUGGCACGGACAGAGGAGAUAACCCUGAACAGUCUGUCUGCUGCAGUGCCAACCAGACAGCAUCACAACUAGCUACACAGUUUAGUUAUUUACACAUUCAAUCGUUUCUAGUACAUACUUCCCUACGUAGUCAACGUGGCAGGAUGAAUACCACGAUGUAUACAUUUGUCACCCGUGACGAGAACAGCACUGUUUAUGCAGAAGUUUCCAAAAUCCUCCUCUCGACUGGACAAUGGAAGAGGCUUAAAAGAGACAAUCCCAGAUUCAAUUUAAUGCUUGGUGAACGGAACAGACUGCCCUUUGGACGUCUGGGCCAUGAACCAGGUCUGGUGCAGCUGGUGAAUUACUACAGAGGAGCAGACAAGCUUUGCAGGAAGGCGUCCUUGGUCAAGCUUAUAAAGACCAGCCCAGAGCUGUCCGAGUCCUCUAGCUGGUUCCCAGAAUCCUACAUCAUAUAUCCCACUAACCUCAACACCCCUGUUGCUCCAGCAACAAAUGGCAUUAGCCAUCUAAAGAACAAUCCCAAGACGGAUGAGCGGGAAGUAUUCUUGGCCUCCUAUCACUCUAAAAAAGAAAGUGGGGAGGGCACAGUGUGGAUUGCCAAGUCUUCUUCCGGAGCUAAAGGUGCUGGUAUUUUGAUAUCCCAUGAUGCUAAUCAGCUGCUGGAGUACAUUGAUAAUCAGGGACAGGUUCAUGUUAUUCAGAAGUACCUGGAGAAACCUCUGCUUCUGCAGCCGGGACAUCGGAAGUUUGACAUCAGGAGCUGGGUGCUAGUGGACCAUCAGUACAACAUCUAUUUAUACCGGGAGGGUGUGCUGCGGACGUCCUCGGAGCCCUACAACAGCUCCGACCUCCAGGACAUGACCAGCCACCUGACCAACCACUGCAUCCAGAAGGAGCACUCCCACAACUUCGGACGAUACGAGGAGGGGAACGAGAUGUUCUUCGAUGAGUUCAAGCUGUACCUGCUGAACACUCACAAUGUCACCCUGGAGACCUCCAUAUUACCUCAGAUCAAGCAGAUCAUAAAGAGCUGUCUGACGUGUAUCGAGCCGACAAUCAGCACCAAGCACCUGUCCUACCAGAGCUUCCAACUCUUUGGAUUUGAUUUCAUGCUGGACGAGAGCUUCAAAGUGUGGCUCAUUGAGAUCAAUGGAGCUCCAGCCUGUGCACAGAAACUAUAUCCAGAGCUAUGUCAAGGUAUCGUGGACGUGGCCGUUUCCAGUGUCUUCACCCUGAACAGCGGUGGUGACUCCUCUUCUGCUUCUUCUUCACCUUAUUCCUCCUCCCCAUCCUCCACGUUCACCACCAACUCCUGCUCCUCUCCCAAACUGAGAGGGCCUCUUCACGUGGGCCCUUUCACUCGACUGUAAGCACACACAGAUAUUCCCCUCGUCUCCUCCGUACAGCUUCUUCAUGCUCAGUCCUCACUCCUAAAUUCUUCCUGAGAAGUAGCACAUGCCAGCGAGCCGAGACUUUAUUUGCACCUCGCCCGAAGUGAUCUCUGCUCUCCUGAUCAUGCCGAUGCGAGGAUGGUGAUGAACGGAUGGACACACUUUGUGGGGGUUUCUGAAUGAGGACAGACACCCUUCCAUCUCAGUCCCACCACCAGCUUCUCCUCAUGCAGAUUAAUGGAGGGACUGAAAGAUGCUGAGACUGUAGUGCCUUACAUUUCCAGCCACGCUCCCUUAAAAAAACUGCCAGUUAGCUUGCUCUGUUACUGUGACUUGUACUUAUUCGAUAAGCCUUUACACUGUUGCUCAGUAAAGUCAAUGCUGUCAUGGUCAGUCCACAAGAAUUAGCAUAAAUAUCAUUUGACAUUUGAGAUUUUAGUGAAUUUGUGUAAUUUUGAAUGCUAUUUUGUUUUUAAAUCUCUUUUUCAUUGCAGCUUGCCUGCAGCUAUCUUUAGUUUAUGUUAAGAGUUGUUUAAACUUAAAAAAGACUAAUACACUAACCCAAUGUGUCUGAGUUAAACAUUCAAGAUCUCAAGGUUUGUCUUGAAAAUCAACAUUCCUCUUAGCUCAGCUGCGCAGACACACAGCGCUUUAUUUACAUUCAGGGCAGCUGGGGGAUUUAAGUGAACAGGGAGACCGUCCUUCAUCUGGUAAACCCAGGUCCGUCCUCACAAGUGUCCCUGACCUCUACGGAGGAGAGGAAAGAGAACUCCCUUCAGGGGAGCAAUGAAGUAUUAGCCCGCAUUAUUCUGUUUUCAACUAUUUCUGUACAAGAGAGUCCAGCUGAAGACAAGUUGGUGUUUUAUUUGUCAUUUGAAGAGAGCAUGUUUGUGUGGAAGCAUGUAGUAGAAUGCAUCCUCACACGAGCCCCAACAGCACCUUUGGCUCCCGUUUGUAAAGAGCUGCCCUAAUGUUUCAUUUCUGAUGUAUGAAAAGCUAGACUGUCAUUGUAAGGUGUCGUCAAAAGUAUGUGUGGAUUAUGUUUGUUGUAAUGGAAGUAGAGUAGAUUGUACAAAGUGUGUUAAAGACCCCAUGAAAGGAAACUGACGGGACACAAGAUGAAAAUAGCCGAUGGAGACAGAACACACGGCUCUUGUACAAUUUACUGUGUCGAAUGUGUUGUUACCAAAGAAAAGUCAGUGGACAGCAAGCGGCUGCAAGGACGUCACAGACACAUCUUCAUCCAUCACUGCCUCUUCUUCAGUUACUGCUGGUGUUGGACUAUGUCACUGUCCGAACUGCUAUCGAUCUAUCAGAUUUGCUUUUCAUGACUGAUUGUUGUUUGGUUUUGAUUCAUGGGGUCCUUCGAAUAUUUAAUUUCCUCACUUUUCUUUUGAUUAUUCUCUUCGUAGAGAAACUUAGAUGUGUAACUGUCCGAGAUAACUUGUGUCAAAUCUAUUUUAUGUUACUGUUAGAAAGGAACUUUUAGUUUUUCCUCAGACAUCAAAUCUUAAAUUGGCUCAAGUUUUGUGACGGCUGCACGUUGGAUAAUGGACGAGUCAUUAUGGGAGUUUUAGUAGGCGCAUCUCUCGUUAGAAUCCUGCUGUUCCUCUCUUCUAACCUCAAUUCAAACGUGUGAGGCUUAACUUCCCAUGUUAUGAGUAACAUAAGUUAAGGGACACCAUCGGAGCUUUUAUUUUUGUUUUUAAUCACUGUGUUUACAAGAUGACUUUGGGAAGUGAAGGAUGUGUAAGUGGCUGAAGGUGAGAGAGAUGGAAUUACAGGAAACUGCGUUGUUAUUGUUAUAAGGAUAUGAUGAAUCCAUUUCUGAGAUGUAUUGCAGAGCCCUUAUGUAGCUGAAAGUUUGGGGAAAUAUCAAUGUAAUUGGUAUUUAUGUCAUUAUUGUACAGGGUUACACGUGUUUGCUGAUUAUUAUUUUUUAAGCAUCAGACGCAAACUAUCAAUAUUUUGUUUUUAUUAAAUUUGUAGGGAAAUGUCUUUCCAUCAAAGGGAAUGGUGCCUUAGGGGGAAUUGCUUAUUGAUAAAAAAUAAUUAAUGGACCUCCAGUGUUUAAAUGCACCUUCAUUUGUUUUUUUGUAUUGAAGUGGUUUUGCCUCAUUCAUUAUAAGACCUCUUUUAAAAUCAAUGAUAUCAUUUUCUCAGUUGAUCAUGUUUUUCUCAUAUUAUUCCUGGAUUUCCUCAUCUUUACCAAAGAUCAAUUUCCUGCUGUGUUUCAGGGUAAAUCAUAUUUUGUAGUUGCUAUAAUUGGAUGUUGUCACAACAGUUGGCCAACAUGAUCCAAACUGAAGGAUCACAUUCAGAGGGAUGUCUGUGCUGUGUUUUGUUUGGUGAUGUUUUAUUCAAACUCUUGCAUGAACAUUUGUCUUUAUCAGAAACAAUAUUACUAGAAUAAAAAAAUAUUACUAUUAUA